AUGGACAAGCAGAGCGUCGUGUGGAGACAGCAGCAGCACCAGCACCACCAGGCCAGCGGCGCGGCGGGCGGGAAUGCCGUCGCUGGCGCCGGUGCGGCGACGACGACGACCGCGCCCGUCCGGCCGAGCGGCGCGCGGUGGACGCCGACGCCGGAGCAGGUCAAGAUCCUCAAGGACCUCUACUACGACUGUGGCAUCCGGUCGCCCACGGCGGAGCAGAUCCAGCGGAUCGCGGCCCGGCUCCGGCAGUACGGCCGGAUCGAGGGCAAGAACGUCUUCUACUGGUUCCAGAACCACAAGGCCCGCGAGCGCCAGAAGAAGCGCCUCGGCGUCGACGUCAACGCCUCCCCCCUCGCCGCCACCGCCGCCGACGUCCUCGCCCUCUCCCCCUCCGGUGCGGCGGCCGGCUUGUACGGCGCCGGCAACUGCGGCGGUCGCGGCGCGGCCGUCCACCCGGAUGCGAGCGCUACUACCACUUGCUGGGGGGACAGCACCCUGCAGGACUACAUGGGCGCGAGGAGCACGGUGGGAGCGGGCAGCCACGGCGGCGCCACCACAGCACCUACGCCGUGGCCAGCUGCGGGCUUCCCUUUCUCCACCAACCAGACGCCGCCAAUGCCGCCGCCGCGGGAGCUCCCGCUCUUCCCGACCGGCGGAGGCCGGCAAGAAAGCGCGGACGAGUUCCACGGCGGCAGCUACCAUCUCCAGCCCAACAACUCGCCGUGGUGGGGAGCUGCCGCUGCCGCUGCCAGCAACACCAACGCCAUGUCAGUCUUCCAUCACCAGCAUCAUCAUCAGCUCCAGCAAGAAGAGCAGCCGCAGCACAGCUUUUACGGCAGCGGCAACCACCAGCAGAUGAUGAUGAUGCCCGUCCAGGACGCCGGCACCUCCCUGGAGCUCACUCUCCGUGCCCCUUACAUGUGA